AUCAACUCGACGGGCCAGACCGAUCCGUGGCUGGCCUCAUGCAUUGUUCCCUCGUGAUGGGCAGCGGUUUCCAUCCUCACAAUCAGCUACUUCGAGUGGAAAUCAGAGACCUAGGGCCGCCGGAACCCUAGGUUUCCUCUAUAAAUAGGAACCAUGUCCCUCCACCACCCUCCACCACCGAGCAGCGCCCCUCAUCCUCUCUUUUCCCUUCUUUUUCUCCCUUAUGUUUGCCGUUCCCUAGCACUGUGCCCGCUAGAAAAUUGGGCCUGCAGAUGCUGCCGGAGCAAAGCCACCGGCGUCGCCGCCCCCUGACGCUGAACCUUUGACCGAACUCUCUAGGCCUCUCCAUGAUCCUGCUGAUGAAGCCAUGGCCACUGGUGAACAGCCGUGUCCAAAUCAAAGCAAAUGCCCCAAUUCCCUUAUUUUUUUGGCCUUUUUCCUUUAUUUUCGAUCGUCGACCGUGCCCCCUAGCAUGGUUUCGAGCAACCCUGGCCUCCCCUUCCUCUUCUAAGAAAGGCAAAGCAUUCUUCUUUGUCUCUUAUUUCUCUCUCUUCUCCCUCUUUUUCUCUCUAAGCAAACCCAUGGAGUUGAGCACAGAGAGUCCUGUCACUCUUUCCUGCGAACCUAAGUUGACUCUAGCAAAGCGGCUCUGAACUGUCUUCAUGAUCGAGCAGCCUGUGGGACGGAUCACUCUCGUCUUUAUCGAGUACCCCAAUCCACUAUCUGCAAUCCUUGUCAAACAUCUUGGUGGAGGUGGAAGCACGUGUUAUUCAACAAACCAAGCUGGCCACUGUCUUCAGAAACUGCAUGCUUCAAAUUUAGUGUUGAGCCAGGGAACGCCGUCUCCACUCUGUGGCAUGUCUAGAAGCAGCAGUGAGGAUUUUGCGGAGCGGUAUUCUAAGCAAUCCGACUGUUGGACAUGGCUGUUGAGAAACAGAGCAGGCGAGUGGAAGGCUAUCUCAUCGGCACCCGAUGGCAGAAGAGCUUCUGGCUCUUGGCCUAAAUAACCAAGGUUUUGUGAUAAACCUCUCCGUUCUCUAGUAAAGAUAACCUCUGUUGCAUUGUAUUCAGCUCUUGUAAAGCAAACCUUGACCUGACCCCAUCCACAUGUGCUUCUGCUGGCAUUCGUUGAUCU